ACAAGAGUUUAGUGGUUUGAGGAAUGUUUGGUUUACUAGAAGUAGACGGGCUGGCAGAGAAAGUAACUUUGUGCUGGUCUAAGGUCUUCUUUAUAACUUUCUGACACCAAAAAAGGCAGAAGAGGACCUACUAAACUGGUGUAGUUUUAUUUAAAGUCACUUUGGAACAAAAAGGAGCAGCGAGCCCAGCAGUGGAUCCGGUUGCAUUUAGGUUAUCAUUCAACAUCUUCACAACCGUUUUUCCAGUUAGCUGGUUGUGUUUCAGUAAAGCCAAUGCUUUCGUCCUCGCCAUUCAGGGAAAAAUACGUCAAAUGUGUCUUCUGAUAUUUCAUGGCUUCCUCCUGACGGUGUGAGGAUGGGUCAGGGUGGUGUCGGCAGUGGCUGCAGCCCUGGAGGCUGAUGAAGACGCUCCAUCGGCCAGUCAGGAUGCAUAUAGCCUCAGUGGGUGUCAGCAAGUUCUGCUUCCUGUUCUCCCUGGCGUUCUGCGGCCUCCUGCUCCUGCUCAUCCCGGCCCUCCAGCCCCAGGCCCGCCAGCUGGACCUGCCUCAGCCCCGGCCCCAAGUCCGCCCCGCUCCGGAGGACCACCGCCUCCGGGCUCCAGGAGGGUCUGAACACUCAGAGGAGACUGACUCGGCAGGGUGGGGCAGACCCAUCCAGACUAAAGGGAUCACACAUGAGAUCCACAGUCCCAAAAGAGGGACGGACUCCAAAAAAGGAGCGCUCCCUGGGGGAAAGGGUGGUAGAGUUUCAGGGUCCAGACCACGGGACCUGUUGGAGUUAAAGGACAUUUUUAUUGCAGUAAAGACUACCAGGAAGUACCACAAGUCCAGACUGGAGCUGCUGAUCCAGACCUGGGUUUCCCGAGCUAAAGAACAGACCUACAUCUUCACUGAUGGUGAAGACAAGGAGCUCCGCAUGAGAACAGGAGUGAACAUCAUCAACACUAACUGCUCAGCCGCUCACACCCGCCAGGCUCUGUGCUGCAAGAUGUCUGUGGAGUACGAUAAAUUCAUAGAGUCUCAGAAAAAGUGGUUCUGCCACGUGGAUGAUGAUAACUACGUGAUCCUGCCCAGCCUGCUGCAGCUGCUCUCCACCUACCACCACAGCCAGGAUGUGUACCUGGGCCGGCCCAGUCUGGACCAUCCAAUCGAGGCAGCAGAGAGGGUCAAGAGUGAUGGAUCGGUGUCGGUUAAGUUCUGGUUUGCAACAGGUGGAGCAGGUUUCUGUAUCAGCAGAGGCCUGGCACUGAAAAUGAGCCCAUGGGCCAGUUUGGGGAACUUCAUCAGCACAGCAGAGAAGAUCCGGCUGCCAGACGACUGCACCAUCGGCUACAUCAUCGAGGCCCUGCUGGAGGUGAUGCUGACACACACACACCUCUUCCACUCACACCUGGAGAGCCUGCAGAAGCUGCCCACCGACACCGUGCUGGAGCAGGUGACUCUUAGCUUCGGAGGCUUUGAGAACAGAAGGAAUGUGGUCAGCAUUGUUGGGGGCUUUUCACUGUCGGAAGACCCCACAAGGUUUAAGACAGUGCACUGCCUUCUGUAUCCAGAUACUCACUGGUGUCCAAAACUCCAACAUCACCCCAGAACCUGAAAGCCUCUGUGUUUCCAUCCUGCAGCACAGACUCCUGCUACACAUGUAUCCCACUGCCUCCCUCUGCCAUGUUUGGAUCUAUGUGACAGUUCUGAAACUCAUGUAACAGUCUAUGAAGGAUUCUGCAGUAUUAUAUAGAGCCCCUGCUCUUUAUCUGAGGGUGUGGAGUGUUCAAUGAAACCAAAGGCCUUCACCCACAAACCACUGACUUUAAUGUGAGUUAACACAUACUGUUGACAUUUGAACCUAAAGUCAAUGUAAAUCAAUCUAGUUUCUUAAGAAUUAAAUAUUGUUGAGGUACUUUUAAAGGAGUCUGAUUGAGAUGUAUUGAGAUUAUCAUAAUGGUUUGGUCUCAAACAUGAACUGAACUGAUGUUGCAUAUGACAGAAAGGACAGAAGCCCUCUGAAGAAGCUUCAUAUUCCACAUGGCCAGGCACACGUUUUUUUUGUAACUGUUACAGUUGGAUGCCUUGAUAUUUUCAGCCAAAUAGCUCCAUCAUUAUGGUUUUGCACUACUUUGACCUUGUCACUUCCUGUUUGUUACUGUCUGUAGUUACAGUGUAAAUAUGAAUGAUCAUUAUGUAUUCUGUCUUUGCAUAGGUUGUAGUUUUAGCUCUGCAUGCG